CUUACAUUGAUCAGUGUUGGAAAAACGUACUUGUACAGGCAUGAAAUCGUUGGUCUUGUUACAAGAACUGGAAGUGAUGUUCAGAAGUUUAAGGCUGGUGACCGAGUUGGAGUUGGAGUGAUGGUCGGCUCAUGUAAGACAUGUGACAUCUGCCAACAAGACCUGGAGAAUUACUGUCCCAAAGUGAUAUUUACUUACAACUCCAGGGAUCAAGACGGCACAAAAACAUAUGGUGGUUAUUCUGAUAUAAUUGUUGUUGACCAACGCUUUGUGCUUCACAUUCCCGAUAACUUAUCAUCAGAAGCAUGUGCACCUUUACUGUGUGCUGGGAUCACCGUCUACAGUCCAAUGAAAUACUAUGGGAUGACUGAACCUGGAAAACAUUUGGGCGUGGCCGGACUUGGGGGACUUGGUCAUGUUGCUGUGAAGUUUGGGAAGGCCUUCGGGUUGAAAGUUACUGUCAUCAGCACCUCUCCGAAGAAAGAAUCUGAGGCUAUCAACAAGCUUGGUGCUGAUUCUUUUCUUGUUAGUACUGAUCCUGCUAAGUUGAAGGAAAGUAAAAAUUAGUCUGUAUUGAUUAGCAAAACUCUCACCAACUUUAAUUUUCCAAGGGGUAUAGUAGGAAAAUAAGUAUUUUGGUUAUUUGAAUUCUAGGUCACCGUUGACCUCCAAAAAUGUGUCAACAGGUGUCGUUCAAAAUGAUGUACACGUGGA